UCUCUAUCUUGCAGUAUUGUUUUUUCUUCUAACUCUUCCUGACCUCUCAAAUUCCUUUCCAUGGAUAUCGCCUCCUCAUCAUACAAACUACCACGGAAGUACGAUGUGCUCAUCAACUUCACUGGAGAAGACAUCAACAGAAAAUUUGUUUCUCAUCUCAAUUCUGUCCUCUCUACUGUUGGUCUUACCACUUUCCUUCAUCACCACAAUGCAGUGAAGUCAACUCACAUCCAAGAACCUAUUCUCAGCCACUGUCGGGUAGCAAUUAUUGUUUUCACCCAAACGUAUUCUCAAUCUGCUUGGUGUCUUAAUCAGCUUGAACAAAUCAUCAAAUGGCACGAAACUUAUUUCCGACAUGUUAUGCCAGUAUAUUAUGAAAUCCAGCCAUCUGAUGUACGUCUUCAGAAGGGUGACUUUGGAAAAGUCUUGAAGGCAACUGCACAGCAAACAUUUUCAGGAGAAGAACUGGAGCAUGGAAUGUCCAGGUGGAGCCAUGCACUCACCAAAGCUGCAAAUUUCUUUGGAUGGGAUGAGAGCAAUCACAGGAGUGAUGCUGAACUAGUGGACAAAAUUGUUAAGAGCGUUUUUAAUUUACAAGUCUUGUCUGCUACUAAAUUUCCUGUUGGAUUACAAUCCCACGUGGAAGAUUUGAUUCGAACUAUCAAAAAUAAAUCCACUGAAGUUUGUAUGAUAGAGAUAUGUGGAGAGGAAGGAUCUGGUAAAACCACUCUUGCCAAAGCCAUCUACAAUCAAAUUCAAUGGACAUUCAAAGACAAAAGUUUCAUUGAAAAUAUUUCACAAUUUAGAGGAAUAAGAGGGCUUCUUCGUUUACAAGAACAACUUCUUUUAGAUAUCCUAAAACAAAAAGUGGAGAUUCCUAGCGUUGAUGUGGGAAGAACUAUGAUUCGGGAAAGACUAUUAGGAAAAAGGGUUCUGAUUGUACUUGACGAUGUUAAUUACUUUAAUUUAUUCGACCUAUUUGAUUGUCUUAAAUUGUUAGUUGAAGGAAGUGUUAUAAUCGUUACAUCAAUAUAUGGAAUAGGGCUGGGAGAUCAAGCUAAUUUUGACUUUCAGGUAGAGCGAAUGAACGCAGAGGAGUCCCUUGAGCUUCUUAGUUGGCACGCAUUUAGAGAAGCAAAACCAAAAGAAGAAUACAAAGACCUUGCAAGAAGAGUAGUUAGUUAUUGUAGAGGACUACCACUAGCUCUUGAAGUCGUUGGAAGUAGUUUAUUUGAAAAGAAGAAAGAAGAAUGGGACACUGUAUUGUUAAAAUUUGCGAUAGUUAGCAGGCAUCAUGUUUCAGAGAUAAUAAAAAUAAGCAUCGAAGGAUCACUCAAUGAAAUAGAAAAAGAUAUAUUCCUUGAUAUAUGUUGUUUUUUUGUUGGUAAGAGCAGAGCCUAUGUUACGAAGAUCCUAAAUGGCUGUGGAGUAGACGCUGAUAUUGGAAUAAGAGUUCUCAUGGAGCGUAACCUCAUCAAAAUUAACAAGAACAACAAAUUUGGAAUGCAUCCUUUGCUACAAGAAAUCGGAAUAAGAAUUACUCAGGAAAAUUUAGGAAAGGAACAUUGGAAGAACAGGCGACUGUGGUUUGGUAUGGAUGCAAGAUAUGUAAGAACAUUCUUUACAUGUGGUUUGAAACUUCUUUUGAAAGUGUUUUCUUUCUCCUGUGCAGUACAUUUGUUUUUAUUUGCUCUUUUCAACACAGGGGACAGAAGUCAUGCAGUGGUUGCCUGGGAAACAGCCUUCAGUUCUCACUGCCAUCGGAAGUGUACAACCCACGGUAAAUUUUCAGUACCUUCUAAAACUAUCUUGGUGCAGGUUUUGAUAUCGCUAAAAGUCCUUAACCUCAGUCAUUCCAAGCAUUUAACUACAACCCCUGACUUUACCGGAUUACCAAGUCUUGAACACCUCAUUUUCAAAUAUUGUUCAAGAUUGAGCAGAGUACACCAAUCUAUUGGAUCACUCAACAGUCUUAUACUGCUAAAUUUGAAAGACUGUACAAGUCUAAACAAUCUUCCAACAGAGAUAUAUGAGUUGAAAUCUUUAAGAACCUUCAUUCUCUCUGGUUGUUCCAAGAUUGACAUAAUGGAUAAAGAUAUAGCAAAGUUGAAAUCCUUGAUAACUCUAAUUGCUGAAAAUACAGCUGUGAAAGAAGUGCCUUUUUCAAUUGUAAGCUCAAAAAGCAUUGGAUAUAUAUCCCUACGUCAAUUUGAGGGAUUAUCUCAUAAUCUUUUUCCUUCUAUCAUUCGGUCUUGGAUGUCCCCAAUAAUGAAUCCCAUCUCUUAUAUUCAUUCGUUUUGCAUGGAUAUGGAGGAUAAUACGAUUGAUAUUGCACCAUUGCUUAGCACCCUUACAAAUAUUCAAAGUGUUUUGGUAGCAUGUGACACCGAAUUUGAAUUAUCUAAGCGAGUGAAAAAUAUUUUGGUUGAAUAUUUCGCGAAUAUUAUAGAAUCAGGAAUUUCAAAGCAGCACUUCAGGUGUUCUUUGAUUGGUGUUGGAGCAUACCAUCAAUUCUUCAAUGCAGUCAGCGAUAACAUAUCUCAGGUUCUUCUCUAUGAUUCUUGUGAUGUUUGUCUCCCAGCUGUGAAUGAUCCUUAUUGUUUGGCCCAUAUGGGUGAGGGACACUCUGUUUCUUUCGUUGUGCCUGAAGAUGGUGAUAUGAAAGGAAUGAUUUUGUGUGUUGUUUAUUUAUCAACUCCUAAGAUCAUUGAACCUGAAUUUACUACUGUCGUAAUUGUUAAUUACACAAAGUGUACAUUCCAUAUACACAAUCAUGGCACAGUAAUUUCCUUUAAUGACGAAGAUUGGCAUGGCAUAAUGUCAAAUUUAGAAUCUGGAGACAAUGUGGAGAUUUUUGUGAACUUCGGUAAUGGAUUGGUGGUAAAGAACACAACGGUGUCUCCCGCCCCCUGGAUCAAAAGGGAAAUCANAGUAGUUAGUUAUUGUGGAGGACUACCACUAGCUCUGGAAGUCGUUGGAAGUAGUUUAUUUGAAAAGACGAAAAAAGAAUGGGACACUAUAUUGUCAAAAUUUGCGAUAGUUGGGAGGCAUCGUGUUUCAGAGAUAAUAAAAAUAAGCAUUGAAGGUUCACUGAAUGAAAUGGAGAAAGAUAUAUUCCUUGAUAUAUGUUGUUUCUUUGUUGGUAAGAGCAGAGCCUACGUUAGGAAGAUCCUAAACGGUUGUGGAGUAGACGCUGAUAUUGGAAUAAGAGUUCUUAUCGAGCGUAACCUCAUCACAAUUAACAAGAACAACAAAUUUGGAAUGCAUCCUUUGCUACAAAAAAUCGGAAUACAAAUUAUUCAAGAAAAUUUUGUAAAGGAUCUUGGGAAGAACAGGCGACUGUGGUUUGAUAAGGAUACAAAAUAUGGGACAGAAGACAUGCAGUGGAUGCCUGUGAAACUGCCUUCAGUUCUCAUUGCCUUAAAAACUGUACACUCGACUGUAAAUUCUCAAUACCUUAUUAAGAAACUAAGAUGGAUCAGUUUGCGUGCGUUUUCUUCAGAAUGUCUACCUAACAACCUUUAUGAGCCUGAUGCAAUAGCUAUUGAUUUAAAACGCAGUCUUCUUCGAUUUCUCUGGAAAACACCCCAGGUUUUGAGAUCGGUGAAAGUCCUUAACCUCAGUCACUCCAAGCAUUUAACUGCAACCCCUGACUUUACCGGAUUACCAAGUCUUGAACACCUCAUUUUCAAAUAUUGUUCAAGAUUGAGCAAAGUACACCGAUCUAUUGGAUCACUCAACCGUCUUAUACUGUUAAAUUUGAAAGACUGUACAAGUCUAAACAAUCUUCCAACAGAGAUAUAUGACAUGAAAUCUUUAAGAACUCUCAUUCUUUCUGGUUGUUCGAAGAUUGACAUAAAGGAUAAAGAUAUAACAAAGUUGGAAUCCUUGAUAACUCUAAUUGCUGAAAAUACAGCUGUGAAAGAAGUGCCUUUUUCAAUUGUAACUUCAAAAAGCAUUGGAUAUAUAUCCCUACGUGGAUUUGAGGGAUUAUCUCAUAAUCUUUUUCCUUCUAUCAUUCGGUCUUGGAUGUCCCCAAUAAUGAAUCCCAUCUCUUAUAUUCAUUCGUUUUGCAUGGAUAUGGAGGAUGAUACGAUUGAUAUUGCACCUAUGCUUAGCACCCUUGCAAAUAUUCGAAGUGUUUUGGUAGCAUGUGACACCGAAUUUCAGUUAUCUAAUCAAGUGAAAAAUAUUUUGGUUGAAUAUUUUGCGAAUAUUACAGAAUCAGGAAUUUUAAAGCAGCACUGCAGGUGUUCUUUGAUUGGUGUUGGAGCAUACCAUCAAUUCUUCAAUGCUGUCAGCGAAAACAUAUAUGAGGUAUUGUCAAGCAGUGAGUGUGGUGAUGUUUGUCUCCCAGCUGUGAAUGAUCCUUAUUGUUUGGCCCAUAUGGGUGAGGGACACUCUGUUUCUUUCGUUGUGCCUGAAGAUGGUGAUAUGAAAGGAAUGAUUUUGUGUGUUGUUUAUUUAUCAACUCCUAAGAUCAUUGAACCUGAAUUUACUACUGUCGUAAUUGUUAAUUACACAAAGUGUACAUUCCAUAUACACAAUCAUGGCACAGUAAUUUCCUUUAAUGACGAAGAUUGGCAUGGCAUAAUGUCAAAUUUAGAAUCUGGAGACAAUGUGGAGAUUUUUGUGAACUUCGGUAAUGGAUUGGUGGUAAAGAACACAACGGUGUAUCUCAUAUGUGGUGAAUCAAAGAACAUGGAAAAGCGUCUGAGCCAAAGAAACAUUCUCUCAUUAGAUUCAUAAAGAAAGUUGUAAUAUGACUUCUGAUAAGUCAUUUAUGUUCUUUGAGAACAGCAUGAUCACUUUCAACUAUUUUCACACUUAUACAACUUCAACUAAUUUCAAUACAAGUUCUUUCAUUA